CAACCCUUUUCCUACAAAACCCUAAUUUUCAUAAAUCAAGUCUCGUUAGAAUCUGUGAAACUAGAGUUAUAGUUUUUCUCUGAAAUUGUAGAUUUUUUUUUGUUGAAAAAAAAAUUAGUGUAAAUUUUGACGCUUUUUUACUUUCUCUACAAUGGUAGAAGUUUAAGCUACAGUGUUGCGAUUUUAUCGGAGUUUACCCUCAAAAUCGAAAAAUCUGCUUCUGGGUUUUCACCAUUUCUGUAAAAAGUUUGUGUUUUUGAAGUUUUUUUUUUUGUGUUACUAAUUUUUCUGUUUCUGGGUAUCUUAGUUUUUUUGCAUUGAAGUUCAGUGAAACAAAGUUAAAAAUUUUCAACUUUUUUUGAGAUUUUGGGGUGUUUUAGUUUUUUUUUUAUUCUCAAAAAAAUGGAAGAAAGAGAGAUUUUUGGUUCUGGGCAUGUUGUUAAGGUUAACGAGGUCCCACAGGGUUUCAAUUUGGGUCAAAAUUCUUUGAAUUUUUCUGGGUCCACCGGAGAGUUUCCGGUGCCGUCUCCGGCAAGUGUGCCGGCUGCAGGUGGUACUGAGGUAGUAAAGAAGAAGAGGGGUAGGCCUAGGAAGUCUGAAUCCGGAAGUAAACCGGCGCUUUCGCCUAUGCCGAUUUCGGCCUCUAUUCCGUUGACAGGAGAUUUCUCUUGCUGGAACAAUGGUGGUGGGAAGUCUUUUGAAGGCACUAAGAAGCCUUUUAAGUUGAAUGAUUUUGAUGAAGAUGAUGGAACACAAACCUUUGGUUCCCAUUUCAAAACUCAUGUGCUUACCGUAAAUUCGGGAGAGGAUGUCUUGAUGAAAAUAAUGUCUCUCUCUCAACGAGAAUAUCAUGCUAUAUCCAUUCUCUCUGCGAACGGCACAAUUUCAAAUGUCACACUUCGCCAGUCAGAAGCUUGUGGUGGUACAUCGACGUAUGAGGGAAUGUUCGAGAUUCUUUCCUUGUGCGGCUCAUUUGUGCCAACUGAGAAUGGAUUGACAAAGAGUAGAGUUGGUCGGAUGAGUGUCUCAUUGGCGGGUCCAGAUGGUAGUGUUUUGGGGGGUGGACUCGCGGGUUUGCUGGUAGCUGCUGGUCCUGUGCAGGUUGUGGUAGGGAGUUUUCUUCCUGAGCAGCCGAAACAGAAGAGGCAGAGACUCGAUCACACGUCACCAACGUCCCUUCUUAUAUCAUCACACGUCAACAAUCCUGUUUCAGUUGAAGAAUUGAAAACCGAUCUCGGUGGAAUGAAGCCUUUCAUGACCCCAGCCGGGUUUGAAGUGAACAACAACUUUGCUUCUUUCGGAAACGGACAAGGCUCUGGAAACUCAUCGUCCGCAGACGAUGAGAACGUCUAACCUUGCAUGCUCAUACUUGACUCAUUGAUUCUUACAAAUAUUGACUUAAGGAGAUUAAUUAAAGUUUUUAUAGUGAGAUGAGUAUCAAGUUUGAAUUUGACUAUAUAAGAAAAUGUUAUAUUUGGGACUUAGUAGGUGUUGGUUUGAUUAAUUAAUGUAGCUCUAAUAUUGUUGUAGCAAUUUAGAUGUAGGAUACAUGUUAUGCUCCUAUUUUUAAUUUAGAUUUUAUAAGAAUGUUUGAAAUUUGAGUGAAUGUGGAAUGUUUCAAUAGUGUAACCUAACUUUAUAUUGUUUGUUGUGAAUGAGGAAAUUACAUGUUAGUCUUUUUUUUUUUUU